UUGAAGAAGUGGUUGCGCCCAGUUGCCUUGGAUUUUUGCUUUGUAAAAAAAAACAAAAAAACUGCUUCCUAGUAGUGCACGACCCACCACGAGGUGCUGCCAUGGCUUCCUCGCAGAUGCGCCUUAAAAUUCUCCCCGGUGUUCGCUGUCUCUUCGAUAAACCGGUGCAGGUGAAAGUAGAGGGACUCACGCCGCACAGACGAGUUCAAUUGACAUCCAGACUAGUGGACGACAGAGGGGCGACGUUCAAGGCGUCUGCCCUGUUCAAAGCAGAUGACGCGGGCCUGGUGGACGUCUGCCGCGCAGCCUCUCUGGGAGGAAGUUACACCGGAGUGGAGCCCAUGGGCUUGUUCUGGGCCAUGGCGCCGGAGACUCCGCACAGCAAGCUCCUGAAGAAGAAUGUGCUUACCCCCACGGUGGUGGAGAUAGAUGCGCUGUGUGGGGAGACGGGCGAGGUCUUGGCCUCCGAGGCCAACGAGAGAGGAUACAUGACGGAGGGGAUGAGGAGGGUGCCCGUGCGGGAGGGCAGAAUACGAGGAGUCCUCUUCGUACCACCAGGAAAGGGUCCAUUCCCAGGGAUAGUGGAUUUGUACACAUUCGGGGGACGUCUAACUGAGCCCAGGGCCAGCCUCCUGGCUAACAAAGGUUUUGUUGUCCUGGCGCUGGCCUAUAAAGACUACAAGGAUUUACCAAAAAAACCCCAAAAGUUGGAUCUGGAGUACUUUGAAGAGGCUGUAACCUUUCUGAGGAAACGGCCUGAGGUCACAGGUCCUGGGAUUGGCAUCAUAUCGAUCUCCCACAGUGGCGUGGUGGCGUUGGCCAUGUCCUCAUUCCUCCGCGGGAUCUCGGCGACCGUGUGCAUCAACGGCUGCAGUGCGAACGUCGUGAUUCCGUUACACUACAGAGACACCGUUCUGCCGCCGCUUCAACCUGUCAUGAAGAACGUCAAGGUCACGGACUCCGGUAUUCUGAAUGUACGCGACGCCUUGCCCGACCCCUACUCGGAGAGCAACAGGGCCUCGUUGAUUCCAAUUGAACGGGCCAGCUGCCGGUUCCUGUUUGCCGCCUCCGAGGACGACCGCAACUGGAACAGCGUCCUCUUCGCCGAGCGGGCCGCCGCCGCGCUGAGAGGUCGCGGCGGGGAGCGCUUUGAGGUGGUGACGUACCCCAAGGCCGGCCACUUUUUGGAAGUGCCUCACACGCCCCACUGUCCGUCUGGGUUUCACGCGGCAGUCGGAACGGAGGUGGAGUUUGGUGGCGAGCCGAAAGCUCACGCGGAGGCUCAGCUGGACCUGUGGGAAAGAGUCCAGGAGUUCUUCAAGAGCCACUUGGACGGUGAGGGCGCUUGAUAGCGAGUCGCGCCCCAUCGAGUGCAUCAAGCGUCCAGGAAUGGCGGGUCAUUAGCGACACUCAACUUUGCCUUGUAGAUUUUCGACCGAGGAGGUUUUCAAAGUGGUAUCGAGUGGUCUCAUGUCGGCGCUUUGUGCUCCUCUCGGACUGAAACCGACUCGCCGUAGAUUGGCAGACGUGGCACUGAAGAGUCAGAUAUUUCAAAAAAAGAAAAUCACAGCGGAUACGUUGACUUGGAGCCUGCACCAAUAAUUAAAAGAGAUGCAUUUGUUGCACUGAGCGAGUAAUGCACAGUACCACGACCCGGAUGCAUCGCUGCUGUUUUGAAUUAUCUUUGUUCUUUGUUAUUGUAUGAAUGCUCUAGUUGUGGUUGGUUUAGUAAACGCACAAAAAAGCUAUUUCGAUGACGAAGUUAACAUGUGGAUCUAGAAUGAGUCGUCUGUGGCCUGCAUGCCUUAUAUCAUAAGGUCUCCAUCUCAUAAUGCCAUGUAUGUUUGGUCUGUGGAAUCAUCGGAUCAUCGUGGAAGAUGGGGAAACAAAAAAUAAAUAUUUUGAAUUAACAGGAGUCCCAUUGUUGUGGUGGUUUUAUUCCCUUAUUAAAACCCUUGGAAUUGUACACAGCGGGCUUUAGUCUGCUUCAAAGGGAAGUAAAUUGACUUUGUGAUGUAGAUUUAUUCAGAAUGAGGCAUGCAUCAAAGAAGGUAGUGUGAUUCUAAAGUUGGAGACCAAACCGUCUCUGUUACAUGAAUGAAAACCGUCUUUACAGAAUCGAGGACUUGUGUCCAAAUCACACUACCGAGGAAAAUACUUCAUUUGAUUUACUACUGUGAUGAAUGAAAAAAGAGUUGAUAUUCUUACAUCUCUCUGCUUCAUUUUCAGAGGAGUUUUUUUCUAAUUCCAGUCCAGCUCUAGAGAGGUUUAUUGUAAAGUGUUAUGGAUUUCUUAUGUGUUUCCCUAUACGGGGUCCACGCGAGGCCUCUGCCAGCUUACAGAAAGUAAACUCUCCGUUAUAAAUAUAUAAAACCUACUGACCUAAUAUAUCAAAUACUGUUUUGCUUUGCUGGGGAAUGUCCUCUCCUAUUUUGGGUAUUCCCAGCAAUCCCAAGAGGAAUGUCACAAGUUGCUGUGAGUGGACAGUCGGAGGGAGACAACAUCAGGGCUGUGUUUGAGGUCAAAACCCAUAAAAUGUCUGGUCUGUAUCUUCGAACAAACAACCUUGUAGAGUUAACAAUACACACGCUGACAAUGCGCCACAUGAAUUAAAUGUGUAUUCCGAGCCCUUUAAUAAUAUGAUGAUUUAACUGGGUCUCUCUUUCAUACUUCACAUUUUCUCAAAAUAUGAAUGAUUUUUUUGGUUCGUUUUUGAAAAACACAAAUAAAAAGUUUUGAACCACCUU